AUGACUCCGAAGCGCUUCUUGGAAAUAUUUCUAAGCUCUGAAAAUUCUGAGGUAGCAUUCUUGUGUCGCUUAUGGCCCCAGCCAAGGGGAAUUGACUCAACCAUGAGACUGCUUGAGCUUUUGCGUCUGGAAGUCCAAAGGUCAGACAGUGGUCGUGAAAGGUGGUCCACAUUUAUUCAGCAGCAGGCGGUUAAGGAGCUUGUGUCACAGGAAGCACCGCGUGGUUGUUAUCCCCGCGGAUCGUUCCAUAGCUCUGUCACUGUAAAGGCAUCGUUCUUUACCCCUGAAGAACAGCACAGUGAAGAAAAAAUCAUGACCAAGGAACAUAUGCCAUUCUUGCAUGGAUUGAUAUUUGGGAUGCUUCAGCAGAGAGGCAUUGCCAAUGACACUAGUAUGGCAAACAAAGAUGCCAGAGAAGCGGCAAACUUGGCCGACGAGACCUCUAAGGAUGCAGCUGAGUGCGAGGAUUUUGUUGAGGUUGCCUAUAUUCAAGAACUAACUGGGCAGGACCGUGUCAAUGCUUGGUUUGCAAGGGUUGGUAAUUUGCUAUUUCAUCUCUAG